GAGAACCUAUGCUCAUGUAGCCAUGUAGAUGGAGUUACCGGCGACCCAGCAGCUGGGCUUGGAGGCUUGUUCAACGACCCGCAACUGAUCCAAAAGCUGGCGGCCAACCCCAAGACCAGCAAGUUUCUGGCGGACCCUAGUUUCAUGCAGAAGCUCACGCAGAUCAAGAACAACCCCAAUGAUUCGCAGGCCAUCUUCCAGGACCCGCGGAUGUUACAGGUCAUGGGUGUUCUGAUGGGUAUUGAUAUGGAUAUGAUGGGUGCGGGCGGCAUGAAUGCGGAUCGAAAUGCGGGUGCCGCUCCUAAAGAAGCAGAGGAAGAUGUCCCGAUGCCAGAUGUUCGACCUGCUUCUACUCAACCCGAGCCAAAGAAGGAGACCAAGGCGCCGGAGCCAGAGCCGGAGCCAGAGGACGAAGAGGCAAGAGAGAAGGCCAAGGCUAAGGCUGCCGCUGAAGAGGAGAAGAAGCUUGGUACCGAGCAAUACAAGAAGAGAAACUUCGACGAGGCCAUCGCGCAUUACACCAAGGCUUGGGAGUUAUUCAAGGAUAUCACAUACCUGAACAACCUGGGCGCAGCCCAUUUCGAGAAGGGAGACUAUGAUGCCGCCAUCAAAACCUGCGAGAAAGCCGUGGAAGAGGGUCGUGAGAUCUAUGCCGACUUCAAGGUGAUCGCCAAAUCAUACGCCCGUAUCGGUACAGCAUACGAGAAGCAAGGCGACCUGGACAAAGCCAUUGAGAACUACAAGAAAUCGCUCACCGAGAACCGAACGCCCGAGGUGAUCACCAAGCUCCGAAACGCCGAGAAGAACAAGAUCGAGAACGCGAGAAAAGCAUAUAUCGACCCCGCGAAGGCCGAAGAGGCUCGGGAGCUAGGCAAGGCCAAGUUCGCCGAGUCGGACUGGCCCGGUGCGGUAGAGGCCUACACUGAGAUGAUCAAGCGCGCGCCUGACGACCCCCGAGGCUACAGCAACCGCGCGGCGGCCUUCAUCAAGCUCCUCGAGUUCCCGAGCGCCAUCGACGACUGCGACCUGGCGAUCAAGAAGGACCCGAAGUUCAUCCGUGCCUACCUGCGCAAGGCCCAAGCCUUCUUCGGCAUGCGCGACUACUCGAAAUGUCUCGACGUCUGCACCGAAGCCGCCGAGAUGGACGACACCAAAGCCAACGCGCGCGAGAUCGAACAACAGCAGCAGAAAGCCCUCGCGGCCAUGUACAGCGCGCGCGAGAACGAGACCGAGGAGCAGACGCGCGAGAGGAUCCAGAAGGAUCCGGAGAUCCUGGGCAUUAUGCAGGAUCCCGUCAUGCAGAGUAUUCUGCAACAGGCGCAGAGCGAUCCCGCAGCGUUGCAGGAACAUAUGAAGAACCCGGCUAUCAGGAGUAAGAUUCAGAAAUUGAUUGUAUGUCCCCCCCUUUGAUUCAAACCCCCCUUUUCCCCC